GCCAUCUCCACACCCUUCCUCUGUUGCUGGACAAAUAUGUCCCCUCCAUGGAUGGACUUCCCAUGUACAUCUUAAGACUGGCCACUGAGGUGGAAUGGGAUACAGAAAAAGAAUGCUUUGAAACUUUUGCUAGAGAAACCAGUGAGUUCUAUGCUAUGAAGAAGGACUCUUUCCAGCUAUUAAAGGAAGACUCCAGUGAAUCCUGGAAGUGGACCACAGAACAUGUCAUCUACCCUGUCAUACGAACAAGUUUAUACCCACCAAAAUUAUUUGCAGAAAAUGCCUCAUUUCUUCAAAUCGCGAACCUUCCAGACCUUUAUAAAGUGUUUGAGAGAUGUUGAUACUCUGUUACUUGAAUGUGUUGUCUUUUUCUUGGGGAUUUACACGAUUGUUUCAUCUAUGCAGAGUUAUACUGUAUAUCACAUGCGCAGUGCUGGUACAGUAUAUUUGAACUACUGCGGCGUCGCUGUGUUAAAUAAUUAGUCUUUUUUAACCUUGCCUGAUCGAGCAACGGCAGGCUGUUCACAUCAAAGAAAUAGCGAUGUCAGUCUGUUACCAGGUGAAUGACACUGUGUGAAUAGUGAUAAUUGUUCAGGCAAAGCCGUUAUAGGGGUCAUUAUCUGUUUAUUGUCCCCUAUUGAUAAUAAAGUUUUCAAUUUCA